CACAGUGCGGGGUAUUCAUGGCUCUUCCUGCUACCAGGGGCCCCUCUCGGGCCCAUUCCAAACUGCCAGGGAUUCAGCACCCCGCCCUGCGUCUGGGGGACCCAGAAAGCCUGUCAGUGCGGGGUUUCUCUAGAUGUGAGGGGAGGGGCGAGACCAGCCUGCAACCAAAUCUGAAGACUUACCGCACCGAGCAGCUGAACGACUGGAGGAAGCUGGACCACUGGGCCAAUACUGAUAGAAGAAGCUGGGAGCGAAAUGGAAAAGCAGAGAAGGAAGAAGCCACAGCGGAUCCCAGAUCCCAGCUGGAGACUCAAUGUGAAGAGCUGAAGUUCCAGCUUUUGGAAAAGAUAAAUUCGGGCGGAUUCUACGAUCUGAAACGAUUGUUUCUGCUGCACGACCCAGAAGGCAGAGGAAGAGUGAAGAGGGACGCGUUACUGAUCAUCCUGACAACAUUUCUGGGGUGCUUCAUUAAUAAGAUGGUAUUUCAGCAGCUCCUGAGCAGGUUACGCCUGGAGGGGAAACCGAUUAUCACAUUUGAUGCCUUCUAUGAUCAUUUCAAGCUUGAGGAAGAUAAGUCUCCCCCAGAAUGGCUGGACCCCAUGAAGAGGAAACAUAAGGCGGCUCUGAAGACGGCACAUGAGGCUCAUCUGCAGCUAAAGGACAUGGCUAAUAACAGAUACUUUGAACUGUUGAAAUUGUUUCCAAACGAUUGCCUGAAUGCUUCCGAAUUCCGCAGCGUCCUGACCAAGAUAGGUUUUAAGAUGUCAGAAGACGAAUAUAAAAAGUUGUGGAAAAGAUAUGUCAAGGAUGAAGCGAUUGUUCUGAAGUUGGAUGACUUGCAGUAUCAUCUCGGUACAAAAAGACUGGAGGGGAACCGGGGUCUUCUUCUAUCUGCUCUGCGAAAGGUGUCUGCCAGCCAAGAGCCCCAGCACAUCAAAACAACUAAUGUAAUUGCUUCCAAGACUGGAAAUGAAAGGAAAGUGUCGCUGAGUAUUGAGAAGUGGCUGAAAGAGAAGUUCAGGGAGGGGGCUCGAGCUAUGAAGACUGAGUUUGCAGCAUUUGACCCUCAGGGAUCUGGUACGGUAUCAAAAGAAAACUUCCUUCAAGUCCUGGAGAAAUGUCAUCUUCUGCUCUCCGAGAAUCGGUUGGGUCACUUCCUGUCUCGCUGUGGACUGGACGAGACGUUGCCUCAUGUCAAUUACCUGGAAUUCCUGCAGCGUCUCCAGACCAGGCGCCAAAAUGGAAGAGCGCGCCGGGCCCUGCAUGAGGCUGACUAUGGGACCAGAGAUUCAUCAAGCUCAAUGUCCACAUCCAGUGUUUUAGAGGACAAACUCCUACAGUUUCUUCACACUGAUUUUAACACCGUCCUUUCUGAAUUUAGGAGAGCGGAUACAAAUGACCUAAAGGCUCUCAGCCCCCAAGACGUCAGAGCAAUCCUAGAAAACAGAUUUUCUAUAAAGGUAACAGAUGAGGAAUUUGCACAUUUUCUGGACAAAUUGCCCGUUAAUCCUCAUGGAGACAUCAGAUAUUUGGAGUUUAUGGCCAAAUUCGAUGGCAGCGAUGGGAAUUUCAGCAUUUGGGAUGGACAUGAGACAGUGCUGACUGACUGCAGCCGAAAACCAAAGAGCGGUGCCAACCGGGCAAGUGUCCAGAGAGGGAGGAGCGCGGAGCAGCUCACAGAAUUUAUUAGACAUCUUGUCAAAAACAAUUACGAGACUCUGGAGCUGAACUUUAACGAGAUGGACGAACGCAACACGCGGAGACUGACGGCGGAAGCCUUGUAUCAGCUGCUGAAACGAUGUGACACCAGCCCAGAGAUUUCCAGAGAAGAAGUCCGACGAAUCUGGAAGACCCUAAUUCUUAACCAAGACCAGACAGUUGACUUCUUCCAGUUCAUCCGACAUUUUGGUUUUUCCAUAAAGUCUUCAUGCUUCCCAAAUGCUAAAAUCUCUCCCCCGGUGAGAGGGGAUGGUGACUGCCUGGUUCGCUCUUUGAAGCUCAACUCUGACACCAAAAUCAUUGCAAAUUUCCUGCAGACCAAGGUGAAGCUUCUUCUUGAUGACCUCUGGGUCCAGUUCAAGGAUUUAGAUCCCAUGAAUUCUGGAUCCGUCACUAGAGAAGAAUUUCUUGACCUACUGCAAGAGCUGAGUCCAGACCUCACCAAACACCAGUGUGACACCAUCGCAGCCAAGUUUACUGACAGGCAGAACAGGAUUUCCUACGUCCAGUUUCUUCAGCCAUAUCAGACUGGAAGGAAGAUGAUUAACCAAAGUGGAGGAAAAGAAAAGAAGACCAAGAAGAAGACGACCUCACCCAAGUCAUCCAUCGAUAGCGGCCUUAAUGCCAUCACUACCAAAUUGCGACAGAAGAUAUCCAGCUCAGAGUGGAGGAAUCUCCUUCAGUCCUGCCUUAAGAUGGACACGGAUGGGUCCGGCCUCCUCAGCCUCCCGGAGUUCCGGUCGGUGGUGAAGCUGUGCGACAUCGUCCUGGAUGAGGAGGAGAUCUACCACCUCAUGUCCCACUACGACCGGGAUCUGGCUGGGAAGAUUGACUACUCCCAGCUGCUGAAAGACCACAGCAAGUGACAGACGAGGGCCGCCGGCCGUCCCCAAAUUACUGGACCCUCCGCAAAAACAGGCGACUUCUUUCCUGUGUCCGUGAAAUAAAUAGAUGGGAUUCUUUUGAGGUGGUGGCGCCCGAGGAGCGGGUUAUUUCUGUGGCAGUUUCCAGUUGAUACUGGUAAUGAUCCAGACACUGAGCAAUGUGCCGCUAUCUCCUCUGAUCUUUAUUAUUCAUUAUGGUUUUACUAUUUGUCCAGAAUAAAAGAAAAAUUACAGUUGGCGACACUGACGAGCGCAGAGCGUAAUAAGCAAGACUGUAAUAAAUGCAUAACAGUGACAUUCACAGCGCCCCCAUAACAGUGACAUCCACAGUGCCCCCCUAACAGUGACAUCCACAGUGCCCCCAUAAC